AGCGUCUCAACAAAGAAAGGGCGGCCGGGUCGGCGCGCGCGCGGGGCGCCGCCGGCGCGCCGCGCAGCGGGCCGCAUGGGCCCCGCGCCCCGCUGCCGGGCACUAAGCCAGGCGGGAGUGCCGGCGGCCGCCGAGCGCGCCUCUGGGGCGUGCGCGGCGGCCGCCGGGGAAAGAGCCGUGGCGGGUGGUGGUGCCCAGACCCUGGCACGCGGGCCGCGCCACUUGCUGCGGGGCAACGCAUGUGCAGCGGCCAGGGCACGCCGCGCGACCGAAGAGCACUUCUGGCCCAGGGGCCACUGCUGCGUGUGGCCGCGCCGGAGGUGAACCCUGCUCUCGGCCUUCGCGUCGUAGCAGUUCAUGUUGCCGCCUUCUGUCUUCCAGGCGCCUCGGCGAACCGCCCGCGCGUCCUGCAGUUUGCCGCCGAGUCGCCGGCCGCUGCCGCCGCGGGGGCGGCGCCGGCGCGGUUGGGCCCAGAGCAGAAGCCGCAGGCGGUCGUGCCGCAGCGGGCGCUGGCGGCGGCGGCAGAGCGCAGGGCCGGGCCGCGGGCGGAGACGGCCGAUGUCCCCCACCCCAGGCGGGCCAAGGCGGCCGCCCAGGUGGAUCUGAAGAGCCCGAUCCAGGCCUUUUCCAUGACGGCCAAGGGAAAUUUCGUACGGAACUCCGGCAGGCGAGCAGCCAAGGGCUCGCAUCCCUCCUCGCUGGUGGCUGCCUCGCGGGCGCAGGUCGUCCACGGGCUGCAGCUGGCGCCAGGGGGGCUGCCGGAGCCGCCGCCGGCGCACGUGCUGGGCAGUGGCGACCCGGCGGCGUUCGCCGAUUACGGCGACGACGGCAACGCCGACGGCGUGUUUGUGCCGCCGCCCACGCCAAACGGCACGGCCCUCGACGUGGCCCUCGAGGGGCUGCCGAGUGAUGAGGACCG